CAGCCAGGAAAAAAAAUACAAAAUAUAAAUGCCGAGCGAACUCUGUUUUGUUAGUUUUGCUCUUCUUCUCUUCCGUACGCGCUUUCUCUCUGCUUCUUCUUCCCCUUUCAAUAUAAUUCUCCUUCAGCCUCAGCUAGGGUUUUCCAUUUAAACUACCAGGAUGCCAGCUACGGCAGGAAGGGUUCGCAUGCCAGCGAACAACAGGGUGCACAGUAGUGCUGCCUUGCAAACCCAUGGUAUAUGGCAGAGUGCAAUUGGGUACGAUCCUUAUGCACCCAACAAGGACGAUGACAAGGGCCCUUCACACCUCAAGUCCUCAAAUUCUGAACCAGAGAGUGAGAACGCCUAUGCUAGCUUCCAGGGUCUUCUGGCUCUUGCCCGAAUAACCGGUUCCAAUGCCGAUGAGGCUCGUGGUGCUUGCAAGAGGUGUGGCCGUGUUGGGCACCUCAGUUUUCAAUGCAGGAACUUUUUGAGUGUUAAGGAAGAUAUUAGGAAGGAAGACCCUGAAGAUAUUCAGGCUGAUAUUUUGUCUGAGUUGGAUAAGUUGAAGGGGAAGUCUGGUAAGUUGAAAGGGAAAACAGUAGCUGAGAGCUCGGAGGAAGAGGAGGAUGAGGAGGAAGAGAGUUCAGAUUCAGAAGAUGACCCUGAGAUUGAGAGGAUUAUUGCUGAAAGAAAUGGGAAAAGGGUUAGAAAGGGGAGGUCACUAAAGAAUAAGAAGGUCUCAAGGGAUGAUGACGAUGAUGAUGACUUGGAUUCUGAUUCUGCAAAGGGGAAGAAGAGAGGAAGGUCGAAGAAGAGGAGGAGUCGUAAGAGAAAGAAUGAUGAGUCGGAUAGUUCCGAUGGGGAUAAGAUGAAGAGAAAGAAGGAGAAACGGAGGAAAAGAGAUGAAUCUUCAGAUGAGGAAGUUGAGCAUCGUCAUAGAAGGCAAAGGAAGAGUAGAAAGGAGAAGAGAAGGAGGAGAAGUCAUUGUUAUUCUGAUGAUUCUGAAUCUGACGAUACCAAUAGACACCAUAAGAGGAAGAGUAGGAGAGCGUCUACACUGCCUGAUUCUGAUGGAAGUGGCUCUGAUGAUUCACGACUUGGUAGGGGAAAGAAGCGUUCGGAGAAGAAGAGCCGGAAACGCCAUUAUGAAGAUGAUGAAUAAAUAGUCUGAAGAAGACAUGUAUUGAACUAUUUACUCUACCGAGUUUCUCUCAAAUUCAUGAAGUAUUUGACUUGAUAUUGUUGUGAGUUUUAUAAUGGUUAUUAUUCGCUCAGAGAUGUUAUGGCAUUACUCUGGUUGUUCUGCAUUAGGGAGUGAAUGGAUCCUUUAAUGUUUGCAGAUGAAAAGCUUGAUGAAGUACUGUCGAGUAUUGAGUUCUUGAUGGUUAUUUCAUUAUGCAACAAUGUACAUAUAUAAUCACUAUCUUGUUUCUGUUGAUUUUCCUUUUAAAGCUUGGAGAAAAUUUGAUAUUAGGUAUUGUGGAACAAUCAUAUAAUACUUAUUUUUAUUUAAUGGAUGAAAAAAGCCUGAACGGGUUUUAUGAUC